UAUGCAUGUAAAUCUAUUCCAAUAACUAAUAAACAUAAGCUAGAAUAAUGAUCAAAUAUUCCUUAUACUUCUCUUGAUCAACUCCUGCACAAAAGCUUCAGCACAGCUUGGUAGCUGUAGAAAACAAGCAAUUCCAAUUUAGGUUGGAGAAGGGAGGAACCUUGUUAAAUCUGACUAGUCUGCUUUUGAAGCUCAUAUAAAAUAGCCUACUCUCAGGUUCUUCUUUUGUGUCCAAUUCUCUCCUCUUUUUAUUCAGACAGAGCUAGCGAAUAAAAAUGGCGAUGAUUCUCGACGCAUUUGUGGGCAACUGCGUUGAAAAGCUCACGAGCAUGGCGAGCGAGAAGGUGGUCAUGGUUUUGGGUGUCAGGGAUGAGCUCAAAAGGCUACAGCGUCGAAUGGCAAGAAUCCACAAGUUUUUGGAAGCGGCGGAGCGGCGGCGGCUUGAAGACCCAGACAUCAACCACUGGGUUGGUGAGCUCAAGGACGUCGCUUAUGAUGCCGAUGACAUUAUUGAUCUCUGCAGGAUACAAGGCACUCUUCUUCUCAUCGACCGGCCAUCUUCUUCCAAGAGAAGAACGGUAUGCUUCGACUUCUCCCUCUUAUCUUCCUGCUUUGCCAGCGUUCCGCAUCGCUAUGAGAUUGCGGAGAGCAUUAAAGCUCUUAAUGAUAAACUGGAGGAGAUCUACAAAGAUAGGCUGCAAUUCAAUUUAGAGGAGAGCAGAGAAAAACCAAAGCUUCAAACGAUCACGGCGGUGAACACCCGCCAAACUUCCCCCUUGGUAGAAUUUGAUGUGUUGGGAAUUGAGAUUGAAGUGGCCACAAAAGAGUUGGUGACGAUUAUAGUUGCAGAGCAGGCGAAUAAAUGUCGUGUCUUUGCGCUUACUGGGAUGGGAGGGAUAGGCAAAACCACACUUGCCCAAAAAAUAUAUAACGAUAAGAAGAUACAAACUGAGUUUCAAAUCAAAGUGUGGGUUUGUGUUUCACAGAGUUAUAAUGAGAUAGAAUUGUUACAACAACUGAUUAGAGGAGCUGGAGGUUACUAUGGUGAAGCAAGAACUAAAACAGAGCUCCAACCAAUUCUUCAAUCUGUUGCUCAUGGGAAGAGUCUUUUUCUUGUUUUGGAUGAUGUUUGGAGGGCAGAUGUUUGGAUUAAUUUGUUUAAAAAUCCUUUACAGAGCGCUGCCGCUUUUGUUAGAAUAUUAGUCACAACCAGAGAUGAAAAUGUAGCGAGAGAAAUGGGGGUGGCACACAUACAUCCAGUGAUGCAGCUAUCAGUUCAAACUAGUUGGGAAAUACUUUGGAGAAGGGUUUUUGUGGAGGGAGAAGAGAGGGAGAUUGGAAUGUUGAUCGAUUUAGGAGUCCAGAUUGUAAUAAAAUGCUCCGGUUUGCCUCUAGCCAUAAAGGCCAUUGCUGGUGUUCUUGCGAAGAAAGAGAAAAGUAGAAGAGAAUGGGAGAAGGUUCUUAGAAAUGAUGCAUGGUCAAUGAGAAACCUUCCUGAAGAGCUCCGUGGAGCACUGUACCUCAGUUAUGACGACCUUCCAUCUAAUCUCAAGCAAUGCUUUGUUUACUGUUCAUUAUUUCCUGAGGAUGAAUCGCUUGAUCGUGAUGAUCUGGUUCGAUUAUGGGUGGCUGAAGGAUUCGUAAAAGAGCAAGCUGAUUCAUUAGUAGAAGAUGUAGCAGAAGAAUAUUAUAAUGAGUUGAUUAGAAGAAAUCUUCUGCAACCCGAUCCUUUUGAUGCCACUGAAUGCAGAAUGCAUGACCUAUUGAGAUCUCUAGCAAAGUUUCUUUCACAAGACGAAACUUUUUCUGGAAAGACAAUGGCUGCAACAACCCCCUCUUCAAGUACGAAACUUCGAAGACUAUCAAUCGAAACUCCAGAAAGUGUAUCGGCCAUUAAAGAUUUGCAGAAAUGUUUGCGAACUCUACUUACUUUCAAUGGCAUCAAGGUGUUGAAUGAUAAUCAGUUGAUGGGAUUAGCACGCCUUCGUGUGCUGAGAAUUAACAACGUUGAUAUCGAUAGCAUUCCCAAUUCCAUUGGUGAUCUGAUACACUUGAGAUAUCUUAAUUUGGAUGAAACAAACAUCAAAGAGUUGCCGGAAUCCAUAGGAAGCCUCACCAACCUCCAGUUCCUAAACCUCCGGGCCUGCACUUUUUUGAUGACACUCCCUAAAUCCAUCACAAAGCUGCACAAUCUACGUCGCCUUGGUCUCUACAACACUCCCCUAAUCUCCAUACCAAAAGGAAUUUCAAAGCUAGAAAAGAUUAAUGACCUCAGCGGAUUUGUUGUGGCUGAUUCAAGAGAACCAGAAGACUCCUACAGCAGCUUGGAGGAGCUGCUCAACUCUCUUUACCAGCUGAGAAUGCUCAGUAUUUCAAGGAUGGAAAGAGUUCGAAGAGGAGCUUUAAGUCUUCAAAAACUAACUCGCCUUAUUGACCUUAAAUUGCUUUACACAAAAGCGGCAGAUCGACCUCUUACAACAGAAGAGGACAUCACACGCAUUGAAGAUGUCUUGGAGCAGCUAUGUCCUCCCCAAUGCCUGGAACGCCUCCACAUAAGAAAAUUCUUUGGCGCUCUUUACCCAAGCUGGAUGAAGUCUCCAUCCUUCGGACAUCGUCUUCCUCAUUUGACCACACUGGAGCUAUCCAAAAAUAUUUCAUGUUCUCAGCUUCCACCCGCAGGUGAGUUACCUCAAUUAACUCAUCUAUACAUAAUCGGUGCAGCUGCAGUGAAGAGCAUUGGGUCUGAGUUUCUAGGCGUGGGUGUGUGGGAUGGCAACUACACAGCAUCAAGAAUAAUAUUCCCCAAUCUUCAAAAGCUUAUUCUCCGCAACAUGCCUGAACUGGAAGAGUGGAGUUUUAACAAAGAGAUGGAAGAAUUUGAGCACGGAAGAGGAAAGACAUAUGUUUUACCUCAUUUAGAAAAUUUGGUAAUCGAUGAUUGUCCGAAGCUUAAAGCACUUCCAAAAGGGUUAGAACAGUCAAAGAUGAAGACCCUCUAUAUUCAAGGAGCUCAUAGCCUUCAAGCAGUGGAAAAUCUCAUCACUGUGGAACAACUGAUGAUCGUUGACAAUCAAAGUCUAGAGAUGGUCUCUCAUCUCCCUGCACUACAAGUUCUUCAAGUCAACCAUUGCCCAGCACUGAACUCUGUAAAGAAACUAGAAUCACUUGAGCGACUGAACCUGUUUGAUGUGUUUAUGGAGAGAAUUCCAGAAUGGGUGGCUAGGCUGCUCAAGGAACAAAAUCUAGCUGAUGAUGCUGAUUUUCUUUUUCAAUUGGUUUGCAAUGAGAGAACUCUUUCGAGACUACUGAAAGGAGGUCCUGACUGGUCCAUAAUAGAACGAAUCCCACGCGUCUUUGCAUCAGAUAAUGUGGGAAGAGGUUUUCUGCGAUACUCAAGGAACCCUUUCAACUAUUACACAAACUUGUUUGUUGUUGAUUGA